AUGGCAGACAAUAGCCCAGACAAGAUAAAUUUCAUCUACAACUCGCAGCUGGAUGCAUUCACGCUCUACCACGUGUCGCAAGAAAACAAUACCCACAACGCCAUCGGCCCUGCACUGCCAGCUCUCGGUCAUGCCACUUCUGGCGCUCUAGGAUCCGCGAUAUCGAAACUCAUAACAUAUCCUGUGGACUUGGUCGUAACACGUCUUCAAGUCCAACGGCAGCUGCAGCAUGGCAAGGAGCAUCCCCACUACGAUGGUGUUGUCGAUGCCUUUCUCAAGGUGUAUGAAAGAGAGGGUGGCUUGAAGGCUUUCUAUAGUGGUUGUGUCCAUGAAACAUUCAAGGGUGUCGUGGACAGCUUCCUGUUCUUUCUAGCGUACUCAUAUGUCCGCCAAAGGAGACUCAGUGCGCGAGCCAGCAGCCAUAACCUGCCAGCCUUGGAAGAGAUUGGCGUUGGCGUAAUCGCAGGCGCAUUCUCCAAGCUGAUCAGCACACCACUCCAGCAAGUCGUGACACGCAAGCAGACGGCCGCCAUGAUGAACCAGGGCUCUACGAUCGACCCGCCUCCUCCGCUGAGCACCAAGGACAUUGCAUCUGAAAUAUGGCGUGAGAAGGGCAUACAGGGCUUUUGGUCAGGAUACUCAGCCAGCCUGAUCCUAACGCUAAACCCUUCUAUCACGAUGCUGCUUCACAAGGCUCUACUGCGACUGGUAGUACCGAGGGCGAAGCGCAGCGAUCCGGGUGGACGUCUAACCUUCCUCCUUGCAGCGAUUAGCAAGGCCUUAGCCUCGACCGUGACGUAUCCAUUCAGUCUCGCAAAGGCGCGGGCACAAGUGUCUGCACAGAAGCCUUUAUCAGGCAGUGGGGAAACUUCAGAUAGAGAGAAGUCUGAUGAGCCUAUCAAAUCAAAAGCUCUGCAGGCCAGACAGCGAACUGUAUUCAGCACUAUCCUCCGGAUCGCACAAACUGAAGGCAUAAGAGCCUUGUACGAAGGCUUAGGCGCUGAAGUGCUCAAAGGCUUCUUCUCUCACGGCAUCACUAUGCUGAUGAAGGACCAUAUCCAUUCAAUCAUCAUCAGUCUGUAUUUCACACUGCAAAAGGCCCUGCGCAAGUAUCCCGGUCCGGAAGAAAUCGCAAAGUCUGCCUCGGAGGGUGUACAAGACAUAUAUAUCCAUAGCAAGGAUAAGGGUAUUGAAGCUGCUGAGAAUGUGACCAAAUCGGCCAAGGAUAUCGUAGAGAAGGGCAAGGAGCAAGUUGCAAGCGUCUAUUCAAAAGGCGCAGAAGUUGCAGAGGCAGCAUCUCGGACGGCUCAGGAUGCCCUCGAGAGUGGUUCGCAACACGCUGAAGAUGUCGCAAAAACUGUAAGGGAUGGAGUGGAUGACGCGUCACAACGGGCAGUAGAUGGCAUUACAGAUAGCAGGGUCAAGGACAUUGACGGUACCGACAAAGACAUGGCCAAGUGA